AUGAUCAUCCCAAUCCGCUGCUUCUCUUGCGGCAAAGUCAUCGCCGACCUCUACGAGAAAUACGUCGACCUCAUCAGCAACCCGCAAGACGAGGAGGGCAACCCGAUGCCAGAUGGCGAGGCCAUGGAUAAACUGGGCUUGAACAGAUACUGCUGCCGGCGCAUGAUGCUCACGCACGUGGACUUGAUUGAGAAGCUGCUACGGUAUAACCCAGCGGAGCGCGAUAUCAUCAAAGUCUCGGGACCCAACCGAUGA